CGUCGGUUCUCCAAGCGCGAAAUUUAAUAAAAUCGAUCAAUUUAAUACCGUUUUCCUUGGUUAUAUCACAAUCCAUUCGCGCAGUGUAGUUGCAAAAUGUGUGAUGAAUUCAUCACAGCGAAACACAUCGAGAAAUUAAAUCAUCACAUACCAGAAAUACGUGAACGUGCUCUUCUCAACAUUUUUUCGAAGCUUCAGCGUGGCAUUUACUAUGAUAAUGAUCUGGCUCGCAGUAAAGAAUUGUUUUGGCAAUUAUGCAACUGGUUUCGUGAGAACGAGCCACCUUUACGACAUGAUGAGAUUGUGACGAAGAUACUCAAGCGUAUUAUCAAGAGCGAAAGCGGUAUUUACUUGAUUGACAUGCACAGUACAUCAGAACUUCUAAAGGAAUUCAAUGAGUUGAAGAAUAUUGUCGAUGAGAAGUCUCAGUGUCAUUUGGAUGAGAUUGUGAAGUAUAUUGAGGAAGUAACAAGUGCAGAAUGCCCUCCGCAUGUGCCACCGUUGAAUCUCAACGAUUUGAAUAGUUACAGAAGUUGUGGUGAGGAGGAUAGUGCUGUGAUUGGUAAUGUGGACACAACAGCAACUACUAUUGCUGGAUUUGUGGAUAGUUUUGUUUCUCUGGAUGUUGCUGAUAUCAAUAACAUACAUAAAAAUGGUGCAAAAACAAACCGCAACAGCAAAACUGACACUCCAGUAGCAACAAAUUCCGAAAAUCCAUUCAGACAUUACACGUUUUUGUGGCAAUGGCUGAUUGGUGCCGAUAGACACGUCUUAGAAUCCGUCGAAAACACUCUAAGAAAUCCAAACGAACCAACAGAAUUGCUUAAUUCUUUUGAGUUUAUUUCGGAUGUUUUACUGCACGAUUUUCCAGCGGAAGUGUUUCUGCAACGCCCUGCUAUAAUAAAACUUUUGCAUGAUCUUUUGUGGUCGAGUCCUUCCUCUCGCAUCACAACCGCUAUUUUAAAAUGUCUGGGAAAGUUAGUUAAAGAAUUUAUUAACCGAAUUCGAUAUUAUGAGAAUCCUGGGUCGCAUAAUUUAAAAUUAAACAACUUUCACAUUGAUACCACGCCAGAAAACACAACACGUGAUGCAGAUAACGAUGAUUCAUCCUCAAUGGAAGUCGAAACCUUUACAGAAACCGCAAUAUUAAUGAAACAUCAAAUGAAUUUACCGCAAUUCUGCUUAAACACGAUAAAUUCAAUUUUUGAUUAUUUAUAUGUGAGUCCUGAGGCAGGAGAGUCUUUUAGGCGCAAAAAAUGCCAAAUUGGAAUUAAUACGGCGUUGGUAUUACUGCAUGAUGUUAUACAAUUAUUCAAAAUGGCGGUGAAAAGUUGCAUCUUCAAUGUGGAGUCUGUAAUGUUGGUUAAUGUCAAAAUCACGUUAAACAAAUUGGAUGAGUGCCUUAGAAAAUAUGGUGAUGUUUUAACACAUUUUCGGAUAAAGGUUUUAAGUGAAGAUUUCCUCGAUGAAACACGCCUGAUACAAUUACACUUAAUCAAAAGUUUUGAUUACUUACACACAAAUUUCAUCCCCAGUGGGAGAAGUGAUAUUUUACCAGCGAAUUUGAAACAUGCACUGAGUGAAACACUGCUUGAUGCUCCCCUCAGUCGACUUUUUCCCUUGUUACAUCAGAAUUUAUAUGAAUUAUCGCGGAAAUUUCAAAGUAAUGACACUUAUGAUGAAGUUAUGAGUGUUUGCUCGUCAAUGACAUCAUCGAUUAAAUUUCUUCGUGAUUGGAAGUCUUUACCAUUCACUAAGAAUGUCACACUUGUUGAAGAAUCGCUUUUAUCAUUAGAAUUUCAUCGUAAUUUAAAUUUGAUAUCAAUUUUCAUCGAUUUGAUAGCAAAUCGAUUGACCACACACACAUUCGAUGAAGAUCUUUUGCUACAAAUUGAAGAAAUUUUAUUGAAACUUUUGAGUCAUCAUCAAAUUGACAUUAGAUUAUCAACAUACAGGAAUUGUCAUGCUAAAGUUAUAAAAACAAUCGGUGCGAAAUUGAAUACGAGCAAGAGUAGUGCACCGGGUUCACAGAUUUUAUUUUUACUCCGCAGUAGAAUACUUAUUUUAUUUGCGACGGGGUUGAAAGCAUCAUGUGAUGAAGUGCGGCUUUUAUGUGAGGAUAUGUUUGUUCAUAUUUUAAAAGCUAAACUGUUGGUGAGUGAGGAAAUCUGGCAGGAAACUGUAACAGCUUUAAUGCCGACUAUGCCGAUUUUAUUAACUCAUACAAUUGAUAAGAAGUCUCUUAUUGGACGUCAUGUCUUGUCCCUGUUGGAUCCAGAUAGAUGCAGGAUGAUGAAUUUUUCAUCUGUUGAGGUUAUGCGUUUGAAUAUUGGAUUGUUAUUUGUUGCGAAUUGUGAGGUUAGAAUGGAAGCAGCCUCGAGGUUAUGUUGGUUAUUGACAGUUUCUGAGAAUACUCAAACACCAUCUAGUGGUAAAGACGUAAGAAUGUUGCCUCAUUUAAUCAAUCUGCAUGAUAAGAUACUCGCUGAUGUUUGUCUCAUGGAAAGGAAGUUUGAUUUUAAGGCCUAUCGUGGAGCCCAAACACAUUUCUAUCAACCAAGCAGCCUUCAUCAAGUGAUCGACCUGCUUUCUGCAAAUAACAUAGAACCAGUUAUUCGACGGUCCGCCAUUACACAGAUUAGCGUAAUGAUGGAAGAUCCACUCUUGCAUUCUAUUUUUAUAGAACGCGAUGGCUUGCAAUUAAUAAGGAAUUCCAUGCGUUCAGCUUUAACGGAUGAUGACUAUCAAGAUUAUCCUGAUUCGGCCAUUCCUUGUUUAAGUAUAUUAAAAAACUUAUGUGUGUACAGUGCCACGACUCGUCUUGAGAUUGCAAAUUGUGAAGAGCUAUUGCGUUUAAUUUUGAGAGGAAUUUUUAUGUUUUGUGCGGAGCCACGUGUCAAACAAGAUGGCGGCAUGUUACUAUUUCUAAUCGUUUUCAACGAAUAUGUUUGCGGAUCGCCGUUAAAAAACGAUUUAAGCAUAGCAGACGUUUUACAACAAUCAUUGGAAUGCCCUUUCGAGGCGAAAAGUUUCUCUACUUCAGGAAAUUAUGCGCUACGGUCAUUACAGAAACUUAAAGAGAACAAAUGGGCAUUGUCAUCGCUGCAAAUCCACUGGAAUAUCGAAUACUUUGGCGGAUUGGAUCAACUUUUACAACCACAGCUGGUUUAUACAUUCGAUAACAAAACUGAUACAUUUAGCGAUGAGCUUAAAUUGAACCAAACGGAUUUGAGGGCUGUAAAGAGUACAUCGAUUCAAUUUACAAUGGAUAAAUGCCUGGCGAUGGUUUGUCAGAGUCAUACACAUGAAAUUAUAUUAGAAAAUUUACAUUUAUUAACAAGGUGUUUAAAUCUUUAUGAUAUCAUAAAAGACAACACAACUAUUGAUAUUGAUGAUUUCGAUUGGGAAAAAUCAUUCGCAAGGUAUUUAAAUGCGCCACCUGCCGGACAACAAGACAAUAUUAUGUUGUCUUUGAUCUUCGACUUCUUUUCUCUUUUAUUUCCUCAUUUAAAACCUCAAAAUAAGAAUGCGCAGUGGCUAUUGUCUAUAAUAACAUCACGGACGCAUUAUUUCAAUGUUAUAUUGGCUGUGGAAUUAUCCCAGGAGCAGGAGCAUGACAUUGAAAAGUUACUCAACUCCCUUCUAUGUUUAAUCAACGUAUGUGUGAUCAGUGAACAACAAACAAUGAAUGGUCUACAGUUUGCUGCAACCAUGAAUACAUCUUCUGCUACAAAUUCAAAAUUGUCUAUCAGUCGAUAUUCACACAUUGUUCAGAUACUAGUGAAUAAUCUUCAGAGCAGUAACACAAAACACUUCUAUAACUUAGCGUAUUUGGAUCGUCUACUGAAGACUUUGACGCAUAUAACAGCGACAUUCGGCUGGAGUGAUUCAAAACCCGGGGAUGGAGUGAAGAAAGUUAUGACUAAAUUGUCAACAAGCGCGUUUGAAUUGUUAAACGCAUUUCAUUGUGGAAAAGGACCCACUGCAGCUGAUAGUUUGAUGGGAUUGAGUAUUACAAGACAUGUGGUAUUUGUUUUGAAUCAUUUGGUGGCAGAGAUGCAGCAUUUUUCUAUUAAAGAUUGGGAGGAUUGUUUUGUGGAUGAUGGCGGUGAGGUGGAAUCAGUUUAUAGAUGUGUUUUCGCGUUGAAAAACAGCCGGGAUGUUGUGCUGCGGGCAACUUCGGUGCAUCUUUUGUCUGGGUUGGCUAUGUCGAAGAGGUAUGCUGUUCAGAUGAUACAGGAAAUUGCUUUAAAGCAUGAUAAUCUACACUUGUGGAAAAUAAUACUCACAGUUUUGUGUGAUCAUGAAGAAGCGUCAAUUGUACGAGAAAAUGCCGCUAUUUUAUUGACGAAUUUGUCGAGUCAUCCCGAACAAGAUGGCGGCGAUGUUCUGCUUGCAUCAGGACUUCUUACUAAAACUCAGUCACAGCGUGAGUUUGUAAAUUUACAAAACACACAAAAGAAAUUAUUACUAGGACUUCUAGAUGCAUGUAACUUUUUCAAUGCGACAGAACUGAUCUUAAAGCGAUUGACAACUGUUAAAGUAUUUAAUUUUUCUGAGUUACGUGGUAAUCAAAAUUCUGAUUUGGAUGAUUUUAUGUUCGUUUACAACAAAGUUCUGGAAGUCACCAACAUUUCAGACAGUUUUAAACCUGAACACACAAGCAAAUCAGCGCAAAAGUUUGAAGAUGCUUUCGUUAUUACCACUCCAGCUGUCAUAAAAGCAUUGGCAACUUUUGUUUAUAACCUAGUAUUUCUUCUACCGCAUACUAUGAGUGGGAUGUUACAAUCGAUGGGAUUAAUCAGGGCAUUUUUCACAUGUGUGACUAUGCCAACCAUUGAAAUCGAAACCGCCCGAGAUUUAAUUGCCUACGCUGAUUUAAUUGAGAUGAACACUGCAAUUUGUGUUUUAUUAACAAAAACCGCCGAGGUGAAUGAAAAUUGUCUAUUAACAAUUGGCAACGCACGCGAUUGUUUGAGUUUAGUAACAGGUUUACUUGAUCCUGCCAUCUAUAUUGUAAGUCUGCCGGAAUUGCAUUAUUUGCGUAACAAACUCUGGUCUAGCAUCUUCAAUCUCCUAAAUGUUUUGUUACAAGGAGUUAGAUCUGAUAAUGGAAACGAAACUAAGAAUAAGUAUGACAUAAAUGCGUUGAUAAUGCAAUUGGAAUCUCGAAAAGAAUCAUUUUUAUUGUCAUUAUGUGAAUCAAUCAGUAGUAAUAUUUCAAAUGAUUUGCAGUUAUCAGCUUUAAAUUCUCUGUCGUCGCUAUUACAAUGCAACACAAGUGAAGAUAAACUAAUCAACGAAUCUCAGGAAGCAAAUAUUCCCGAAUCACAAUCAAUAUGUUCCUCAUUAUCGAGUAUCUUUGAUAAUACGAAAACACCCCGCACCAAUUCCGCCAAACAAGUAAGCCAACACUCAAAUAAAUUCAAAAACGAAGUGUUGAAAGAAAUCUACUUCGGAAAAGGUCCCAAAUCUUGCCGGUCAAGUUUAUCUGUAUCUUCACUAGCAUCAGCGGAUGAGAAUGGCGUGGAAAUGGAAAACCGCAUGGCUGGUGCAGAACUGUGUAAAAUCUUAUUGGAACUUUACGAAAGUUUAAAUUUACAAAAACCUUUAUCUUCAACAUCAUCAUUGACAAUGGUAAAACCUCAAACACAAACAUCCAAACGGAAAAGAGUUGUAUUAAAUACAUUAACAAGUUUAUUGUUGGUGUCUAAUCAAGCUAAACACUACGCAUUGCAACACGGUUUUGUAACAACAAUAAUCAACCAGUUACAAACAAUUUACGUGCAAUUAUCACUUGAAACUAUUGAUAGCAUGCGUAAAGUAUCAGAGAAAAAACGCCUAACACCGAUUUUACACGAUUUGGAAAAUUUGGUUUGUUUAAUGAUGAAUUUCCUCUAUCGUGAUGAAAAAGUAAAGAAAGAAGCCUGCCAUCUAGGUUUGACUGAUUUAAUACAUAAACUCUGGCACUGGUUUCUUGUUCAAAAAGGACUAAGCACAAACGCUUUGAAAUUAUUAUGUACGUUAACAUCGAAUUGUCCUGCAGCGGCUGCAUCACUUUCGUUGACAUCGUGCACGCCUGGUUCAGGUCCACGCAAAACACCAAGUAACACAUCGUUGCUGCAUGUCAUCUGCGCGUUGAUAACGAAAGAAAUGGAGAUGAUUAGUCGCACGCAUAACUUGGAAACGCUUCAGUUUUGUUUUGAUGUUUUGCACAAUGCUGUAACUGUUUCCGAGUGUCGUUUUAUUAUUAUAAAGAAUAACUUUUUGAAUGGUGUUAGCAAGUUGCAUCCAGCGUUGACUAAAAGGCAAAAACCUUGGGAGCAAGUUGAGCUGAUGUGGUUGGAAUUUUUGAAUGCGUUUUCAUCAUUUCCGGAGGGACAGGCUAUCAUUGGGAAGACACAGGACGUGUUUGAGAUUGUAUUAUGUCUAUGUGGAUGUCCAAGCGGGAGAAAUCGUUUGGAAGCACUGCAAGUUUUGAGAAACAUUGCGUUUUAUCAGGGAAAUAGAGCUAGAUUACUCGCAUCGGGUGAUUUCUUAAAUAUUUUAUGUUCACGAUUAUCAGCAUCCAAUCCAGCUGAAAGCACUACUAUAGUACCAGCCAUUUGGACUUUGGUGGAAAAUUCGCAAAAGGCAAAAAUGGUGUUCAAAGCAGCAGGUCUCGAUUUGAAAAUGAAGGAUUAUCUGCGCGUUUUGUACCUUAAUAAUUAUAGCCAUGUUAGUGACAGGGAUGUAGAACUUUUGCGGCAUGUUCUCAAUCUUUUAUCAGAUAAUUAACGUCAAUGUGCCUUUUA